AGCUACAGCAGCAAAAAGUGCCUACUCAGGCUGGUUGUCCAAGUGUUCAGAAUGCGUCCCAUGAGCGCGGACGUCUGUCGGGCUGGCUGACCCCUCCCUCCACCUUCCGGACAAUGCUAGCCUGGGGAAGGACCUUCAGCGGAGCCAAUCGGCGCCCGUGCCCCUCCGCCCGUGUGGCGCGCGCUAUAUAAAGUCGGCGGCCGGCGGCGAGGACAUACAGUCUCCAGUCUCCUCGCCGUCACCACACCCUCUCUCAGCCAGGAUGCACUUCUCUCGCGUCGCCGUGGCCCUGACGGCCCUGCUGCUCACCGUGGACGCCACCUUCAUCAUCGGCACCGCCGGCACGGUCGGCGUCGGCGCCGCCAGCGCCGGCGUCGCGCUGGCCGGCGUGGCCGGUCUGGCGCUGGGCGCCGCGCUGGUCGGCGGCCUGGCGCUCAGCCGGCGCCGCGGCAAGCGCGACGUGGCCGCGCAGCAGCAGACCGACAUGGUGCUCGACAUGGUGGCCGCCGCCGACGCCUACGGCUGCGCGCUCAAGCUGGUCUGCCUGGUGGAGUCCAAGCCGGAGGACCAGCUGAGCGCCGAGGACGAGCUGAUCCUGCAGCUGUUCGGAAAGGCGCCGGCCGCCGUCGCCGAGGAGCAGGUCAACACGCCGCGCAAGGCCUACUUCUACGCCGCCUACCUGGGCGACUCGCAGGGCAAGGACGCCUGCCAGAAGGUGUUCCACUCCUGCGAGGCCAGCUACGGCCAGAUGAUGGCCUACGUCAGCGCCCUCACCAACUAGGUCUCCCCCCGAGCCGUCAGUAUGACUUGCGUCACACACAUCUCGCCUCAUCUAGAGCUGCUAGUCAGGCUCAUCGUUGUCCACAUCAUCACUGGAGGGGUCGGGGGCUGAGGCCUGGCCGCUGCAGGGCCGGGCAGUCGGCGCGGCAGAGGCGGCCAGGCGCGGUGUGCGCUCCAGCACGCGUCUGAAGUCAGCUUGGCCUGUUCUAUUGUCCUGUUUUCCUAGCGUGCGCACGCGGCGAAUGUGCCCUUUGGCAAAAUUCGCCGCGUGGCAUCGUCUUGUCUCUCUUUGAGACGACGAGCGCUGUGAGGCUUGGAGAGCUGUAUUGUCUUCCGUAUCGACUGGGUUUUCGGCCUCGCCCCACGGGCAGGCUGCAAACAGCUGUUGUUUUACCUUGAGUCAUUUAUCAUUGUGCACAUCGUAUAUGUUGAGAUGCAGAUGGACCGUGUUUUGUGCUGUAUUGUCAAGCAGAAAGACCCAAGUUUUACUUGAGUUCUAAAAUACAAAGUACAAAACAU